UAAAGAGUUUUCUGAGAUCUACAGAAAGGGACUUGCAAGGGGCUAUUUUUCUAUGUUAUAGCUUACUGAAGGAUGGACUGUAUAUGGAGUUUGUGAUUUGUUUUCGCGCAAACACGAUUUGGAAUGUACUAAAACAUUGGGAUUUCUCAUGUAAGACUACGGAUCUCGGCUCAAGUAAAGAGCCUUCUGCUUUUCCAGGGCGGAGAUGUUUUUUUAACAAAACACAAGGAUUAAAAGGGUCAAAAGAAUGCAAGAAAAGGACAUCAAUUCACCUGGAAAUACAGGGACUGUCUGACGGCAAACUCUGACCCGACGGAGGAUUUUUGUUUUAGUUUGUUUCCCUGGUUUGGAUGAUGGAUGGCCGCGAUUUUGGACCACCGAGAGCUGUCCAUGUUCCUCCUCCGCUUCUUACCGGGCUGUCUAUGGAGUCGCACCGACUCGGGUCCGCUGCUUCAGCUGGCCGCAUCGCUCCAUCUCCCGGCCACUUAUCAACGGGGCACACGGCGUCCAUCCACACUGGGAAAUACAUGCCGUCCGCCAUUAACCUCCAUUCCCACCACGGUGAUGCCUUUCCUGGGAGCUCUAGUACUUUUCUUAGUGGUUAUGUUGGAAGCGGGUUAGGAAGCUCCUCAGCACCCCAGGGCACCCCCUCUUCACUCCCAGCUGAUGCAUCAUUCAGAGCGCCCACUCCUUCCAAUCUCCAAAUGGCACAUCUGUGGGCUUCUCACCCACAUGAAGCAGGAUUUCCUCAUUUGCCAAACUCCCUGUAUCAGAACCCUUACAUUCCACUUAGCCAUUUGGAUCAUUCACCUGGAACCCCACUCCUGGCCCAACUUGGGCAGCACAGCCUGUUUGAAGCCCAGAAAGAGGUGUUUUACUUACCUGGCCAGUCAGCCUUACAUCCACAAUCUGCCCUCUCAAGGACAACGUCCACUCACAACUCAAGUUCUCUUCUACGGGAGAAGGAUGUAUCUUCAUCACUGCCUCUUUCCAAAGGUGGAAAGGAGUCAAACAAAGAUACAGUUAGGGAAAAAACCUGCCGUAUAGAUCUAGGCCUUUCUCUCCCACGAAAAGAAAGAGAACGGUCUAAGGAUGAGCCAAGACCCAAAAGUGUAGUUGACCUCACUCAGGAUGCUAAACAAGACAGUGAGAGGAAAUCAAGUGGCUUAGACAGGACUCUUAAAUGCGUGGAGCGCACAUCACCAUUUUGCCAUGACCACUCCCCCAAUUUGGGUGGUGGGGAGCCAAAGUCUAAGAACCCUUUGCAAACAUCCUCUUUGAAUAACUGUAAUAAUGGGGGUGGUAGUUCUUCCAUGAGAUACCUGGGCACUGAACAGGACAAGGGCACCAAGGACCUAAGCCGUCAUGAUGAGAACAUGAGACCCUCGGUAAAUGUCCAUGGAGACAAGCUUAAAAAAUGUGAUACAGUUGUAACUUCUGUUGGCACUUUACAUGUUUCUUGCAGUUGCCCAUCUUCUCAUUGUAACACUUCUCAACCUCCUACAAGAAUGGUUUCUUCAAACACAUUCCCAGUCAGUAAUCAUACUCAGUCCAACUUACAUACCCUCUGUUCACCUUUUAAAGAAUCAGGAAGGGAACAUAAAGUAAUUGCACCCACAUUUGUGCCUUCAGUUGAAGUUUAUGAUGAAAGAAAUGGGCCAAUCCAGAUAGCUUCACAGGCCAGAGACAGUAAAAAUGACAAACUAAAAGAAAAAGAUGGGAGUAAAUUAGGAAGCUCUACAACCACCAGUGAAAGGACACUUAUAGAACCGAUAAGGCCACCUCAUGCACACGAUUCUUCAUUACAUGGAGACAUUAAGAGGAUGGAAGUAUUAAGGGAAGAGGGCUCAGUUAUAAGGUCAAACUGUGGAGCACUAAAAAGACCAUCAUCCUCAGAAUUAUUUUUGAAUAAAACAUUGCAUGGCACAGAUUCGAGAGAUUUGCUCUUAGCUACUAACAUGUCCAAAGAAGCUAUUAAAAUGGGGCUUGAAGUCGAAACACAUAAUCAAGAGCGAGACAGGGCACAAAGAGCUGCCAUCAGAGAUUCUGGGAAAAUAUAUAAUGGAGUGGAUGCUUCACGAAUUCACAUAGAACAGCCCCAACUUAAAAACGCUGCUUCUUCUGAGUCAAAGUGGAAAUCUUUUGAAAUGAGUAAUUAUGCUACUAGUCAGAUGGCCACGCUUGCUGCUCAGCAUGUUCAUGGAAGUAAAUCAGAGGAGGACAUGAAAAAAGUGUACAUUGAUCCUUCUGGUCAUCAGAGAUCUUCUGUAGUUGGAAGUUCAAGAAGCUGUUCUGAAGUAUUGCAUCCAGGCCCACAUGGAGAAGUUUCUGCCAUGCAAAGCUUGAUUAAAUAUAGUGGUAGCUUUCCUAAGGAGACCGGAGUACGUGCUAACAGUGGGCCAAAGAGUCCUUUUGGUGGGCUUGGAAAUAUGAAACCAGAAGCUAAUCCAUCUGCUGUGUCAAAAAUUCAGCAUCUACCACCCCAACAAUCUGGAAAACAAUUAAAAAGAGACCCUGAGCGCCCAGAGAGUGCAAAGUCAUUCGGCAAGGAGAGCAUCAGCUCUCAGGGAGAAGUGGAAGUAAGACAUCCUCCAGUUGGUAUAGCCGUUGCUGUUGCCCGCCAGAAGGACAAUACAAACAAAGCCAAUUCUGGCCUAGAGAGGGACCACUCUCUUCCUCUGGGAAGCAUCAAAGGAUCUAGCCGUCCAGAUGAUGAUCGUGUAGAUGACCGUGGCCGUCACCGUGACGACCGUCUUCUGACAAGCAGAUUAGAAAGAGAGCAAGAAAAACUGCUUCGAGAAAGUAAGGAAUUGGCAGAUUUUACCAGGAUUCAUCCACCUGGUAUUUCUGCAAAUGGUUUGAAUUCAAAUCUUAUGGUAACAGGAGGUCCUCCAUUAACAAAUUCAGGGAGAUGGACUGCUGAUCCCACAGGCCACUUAGCUUCCCACCAUUGGAUUCCUCGCACAGGCAGCCCCUCCAUGUGGUUAGCUGGUUCUCCAUAUGGCUUGGGACACCCAUCUUUGCAUCAAAGCAUGCCUACGGGCUAUCAUGCUGGCCUUCCAGGCUCUAUACCUUCACCAUACCAGUUUGCACGUGAUCCCCAGUCUGGGCAGCUGUUAGUUAUUCCAACAGAACACCUUCCACACUUUGCUGAAUUGAUGGAACGGGCACCCCCUCUCUGGCCAGCUGUGUAUCCUCCAGCUGGAAGUACACUUCAGCAUGCACAUCAGCUUCAACUACUGUCUCACCAGCAGUUGCUAAGACAGCAUGAAAUGUAUAUUUUCCAUCAGCAAGCUGCACAAGCAAUGGAACUUCAAAGAAGUGCACAACUUGUGGAACGUCUGAAGGCCAGCGAACAAAGAAAUGAAGUUGAAGACAAGGCCUGCAAAAGAGGCAAUGAAACCAAACAUGGACUUGUUGCUGCGUGUCCCCCUGCCUCUCAUUCCAGAAAGCAACAAUCUCUUUCACCGGCCCCAUCUACAUCUUAUGGCAAAGUUGUGACACCCCAACCGCUCACUCCCUCCCCUUUGCCCGUCACUGCCCUCAAAUCUGGUGGUGAACACAAAGUAGAAGAGGCCAUUUCCCAGCAGCUCUACUCACAUCCUUCAGCUCCAGGUCAUCGUCCAUCCAGUCCCCCAACUGCUUCCCCACCACCUGAGCCUCCUGUUCCUCCUAAGGAGGAAGUCUUGGAGGAACUAGAAAAGAAAGAACAUGAUUUUUGUAAAGAAGCUUCUAAAACCUUUCAAGCAAUGUUUUCUGAAAUCCCUCCAGGCUAUUCUUUGCAAUCAAUAACUGCUCCUUUUGGUGGCAAUUACCCCUACCUCCUACAGCCUGCUGCUGCUGCGGAUGCCGAUGGACUGGCUCCAGAUGUGCCCUUGCCAGAGGAAACCUCUGAGCAUUUGGCUACCUCACCUGAAGUUAAACCCAUGCAUUUACACUCGCCCAACACUGUACAACACCUGCAUACUUCUGAGGAAGAACAAUCAAUAGCUGAGAACUCCGAGCACAAAGAAGAGCCGCAGCUUGAUGAAAAUUGUGAGAGCCUAUGCCAAGAAAAUCUGGUAGAAGAGAAUGAGAGUAUUGCUCUCAUGGAAUGUGUCAAUAAAGAUCAUAAUUUGGCUAGUGAACAGGAAAUGCAGCCCAUAAUGGAAAUGUGUGCAGGUGUCCUGGAGCAGGAACAAGAAAAGGACAUCGGAGAAGUAGAGAAUGACAAUCCUGCCAUAGUAAACUGCCACAAUUCCUACCAACUCCUGAACUGCCAGGAAACUAAGCAGCCCCAGAUUGAAGAACAAAAAGUGGAAACAUGUACAGAAUUUGUGAACUUUGACACUUCUGAAACCUACCAGGAUUCUUUAGAACUUCAGCCAAGGGCAGAAGGCUUUUUAGAUAUGGACACAUGUGACUUGAGCUGUAACAAAAUAGAGGAAGAACAGGCAGUAGAGACUAUAUCAAACAUACUGCCUUUAACAUUAGAUAAUCCUCAAGUUACUUUAUCUGGCAAAGAGACUGUUGUUUCCUCUCCAUCUAGCAACUUUGAUUCAGUGGAUAUUAAGUCCGAAGAUCCUAUGGCGGGUAUGAAUGCUUUGGUGGCAGCCACUGAACUACCACAAGCAUGUUCCCUGCCAACGUUAAAUAGUGACAUUAUUCUUCCUGCAGUCUUUGAGACUGCCCCCAGUUUUCCUGCCAUUGAUUCAGAUGACCUUCAUGGAAUUGCCCUGUUGAGUGAAAUUGCUGAGUUAGAGCUAAAGCGAAGGAGGAAUGAGAUCAACUGCACAAUGAGAGCUGAUUUAGAAAGUCUAUUGGUUGCAGGCACAAAAGUUUUAAUGGAAGCACUUGCAUGCAAGCCUGCAAUAACUAUCCGGCUACCUCGAGAGCUAAACCCGAACAAGAAAUACAGCUGGAUGCAGAAAAAAGACGAGCCUAUGUUCUCCAUUAAAUCCACAAUAGAAGGGAUGGGUGCAAUGGAGCUGGAUUACAGGAUGAGACUGGCAGAGCUACAGAGGCAAUAUAAAGACAAACAGAGAGAGCUGGCUAAGCUGCAGAAGCGAAGGGAUGCAGAGGAGAGACAUGAUGAAAAGAACCAAAGUUUAACAAGAAGAGGUCCAGGAAGACCAAGAAAGAGAAAACAUGGAUUAAGUACAUCUUCCUCACCUCCUGGGAAAAGUGAAAGUAAAUGUGGAAGACUUGGCAAGAGCCUCUUACUCUCUGAGGACUCGGAGACCGGUGAGAUCACUGGUAAACGGUUUCGUGGCCUGAAUCCAGAGGAGGAAGAAGAGCUAGACAGCAUUGGCAUUCAAAUGAAAAAGAAAAGCAAAAUUUGGGAUGAUCAGGAAGCAUCAUCUAGCUUUUCCUUGGAGAUGCAGACAAAAAGCAAGAAAAAGAAGAAAAUCAUUGAUCAUGAAAAAUUGGCUACCAAACUGGACAAAGCACUUUCUCUAAACAGACUCAGUAAAAUCAGCAAGUCCCCAUUUAAGUUUGCAGAUGUUCCACUUUCAAAAACCAAAAACAGCUCUGGUAGCAAACCCCUUAUUACCCAUGGACUGGAAAUGAUCACAAAAGAAAGAAAGAAAAAUCUUUCUAAAAACAUGGGGAUUUCACAAAAACCUUCUAAAGAAGGUAAAUGCAGAUCAUCCUCCAAACCCAAGAAGAUGAAUGUUGGAAUACAGGUGAAAGCUCAGCUCAAAACAUCUCGCUCACCUUCAAGGUCAGAAGUCAGCAGUUAUUCAUACAAUACAGACUCUGAGGAUGAAGAUGAAUCAAUAAAGGAUGUAUGGCGGCCUCACUCUACAUUAAGUACCCCUGGAUUGAAGGGAAAGCUUUCCAAUCCAUAUGGUUCUGUGUCAAAGAAGAGCAGACAAUCAGCACAGCCAUCCAAGAGAGGCAUGUCAUCAUCGGUUGAAACACUGAAAUCAAGGCAGGCAACAAACAAGAGAAAACACAAGCACUUUGCUUUGCUCCUUCAAGAGGCAGAGGCGCGGUCUUCCUUCAGUGACUCCUCGGAGGACUCAUUUGAUCAAGCAGAUUUUUCCUCUGAUGAAGAGGAUGAGGAGGAAGAGGAAGACGAGAUAGAUGAAGAAGACUAUGGCAUGGAUGAAACCAAUCAACUGUGCUCUCCCACUUUGGAGGAGAGUGGUUUGGGUUUGCUUGCUAGGUUUGCUGCCAGUGCCACACCCACUCCCCUUAUCUCACCUCCUCUCUCUGUUGUCCAGUUGGAGGCAAAGCAGAAGGCUAAGAAAAAAGAAGAAAGACAAAGCCUAAUAGGCACUGAAUUUGAGUAUACAGAUUCCGAAAGUGAUAUUAAAAUCAAGAAAAAGGUUUCAGCACAACUUCAUAAUAAGAAACAAUUGCCUGAAUUGGUGAUUUCUCAAGUAGCAGCUGGAGAUGAUUCAUGCUUGAACAGGACAAAGAUGACAGAAAAAGGCAGAAAGCCUAAAAAAGUUAAGUCACCACGUGAAUUUAGCUUUGACUUAGGAGGUGAGGCAAGUGAUGAUGAUCGAUGGACACGAAGGAGGAGUGAGCGCAUUUUCCUCCAUGAUGCUGGAGUGGGGAUGUCUGUUGCACCAACUGAAAUCACUGCUUCCACUGCAACAAAACCUGCUCGAUGUUCAAAGACUCAAAGUCCCAGAAAAGAGGCUAACAAAUCAAAGGACACCAAAGAUCUUACAAAGAAAAGAAAAGGGAAAAACAGCCCUUUGUGUUUAGCACCUCCACAAAUAUCCAGCACCACCACGGAUGGCAGGGUUAGCAUAGCGGCUUGUCCACUUAGCCCCACCAAGAAGAGUAAGAUGAAGAUAAAAACAAAGGAGGCUCGAGGCAAAGGUGGUGCAGUGAGUAAGCUGAUGGAAAGUAUGGCAGCUGAUGAAGACUUUGAGCCAAAUCAGGACAGCAGCUUUUCAGAAGAUGAAAACACCCCACUGAGCAUGCUGAUUGACAGGCCCUGCACACCUGCUCCUCGCAGCUGUGUCAUUGAUAAAGACGAGCUGAAGGAUGGUCUGAGGGUACUCAUUCCCAUGGAUGAUAAGUUGUUGUAUGCUGGUCAUGUCAAAACUGUACACUCUCCAGACAUUUACAGAGUGGUAGUGGAGGGAGAACGUGGCAAUCGACCACACAUCUACUGUCUUGAGCAGCUCCUACAAGAAGCGAUUAUUGAUGUUAAGCCCCCUUCUGUGAGAUAUCUACCAGAAGGGACAAGAAUUGCUGCCUAUUGGAGCCAGCAGUACCGCUGCCUUUACCCCGGAACUGUAGUGCGAGGGAAUCCUGAUGUAGAUGAGGAGGAUGAUUUGAUAACUGUGGAGUUUGAUGAUGGAGACACAGGACGAAUUCCUCUGUCUCACAUAAGACUGCUCCCUCCGGAAUACAAAAUACAGUGUGCAGAACCUUCCCCAGCUCUACUAGUGCCCAGUGCUAAGCGGCGCAUCAGAAAGCCCAGCAAGGAUACGGUAGUCAGUAAAGAACCCAUCCAUCCUGGGUCAGAGCAAUCAAUGCCAAAAAGCAGGGGUCGUGGAAGAAAACCCAAACCUAAACCUGGGCCUGAACCUGUGUCUGAGGACAUUGAAAAGCGUGAUGGUGCUGCUUCAACGGAAUCCCAAGAAAGAUCUAUAGUGCUUAUGAAGCCUUGUCAAAAGCCCAAAAGAAAGAAUCAUCUGAGUUCUACAUCAGGCACCUCGGCGACAGUGGCAAAUGAAGUGAAGAAAAAUACAAAGGUGAACAUAGCUGCCAAACCAACAACACAUCAAUCAACAACUUUCACACCACUAGUUUUUGGAAAUGUUCUCUCUGUAGAAUCUUACAGUGAUCUCUCUGGUUCAUUGAGUCCAUAUAUAGUUAAUGAAGGCAGCAGCCCUACAUCAACCAAGGCAAAAAAGGGAAGGAAAGGACAGGAGCCUGAAGAGUUUGGACCCAUGAGUAAGGGACAAAAGAAACCAUCUGAAUCUGAGAUCUUGAUUAAGCUGGACCAUGAAGGAGUUAUGUCUCCAAAAACAAAGAAAACCAAAGCUCUGAUGAUGAUGGAAGAUCAGAACCUUCUUGGCAAGAGAGACAGCAAGACUUCAGUUGGCUUGACGUACCCAACUGCUAUAGGAGGGGAGGUCAAACAAAAAGCAAAGACCAAAGUUGGAGAAACUGAGAAAGCAACAUCUGGGACAAUGUCUACAUACAACAUUGACAAGUUAGGAAACGGUACAGAUAUGUUAGCCAAAGUAGAGGUAAAUGAACCUGAUGAAUCAGAUAGCAGCAGCAGUAACAGCAGCAGUAGUUCAGAAUCAGAAGAAGAACAAACCCAGGAUGUGGGGAACCAAGGAGAUAGCAGUUCUACCAGCUCCAGGGCAUCAAGCCCCAUUCUCUCCUCUAAUACUUCCUCUUCCUCCUCUUCUACUAGCUCCUCUUCCUCUUCUUCUUCCUCAAGUUCUAGCUCAUCAUCCUCAACCACUGACGAAGAUUCAUCUUGCAGCUCAGAUGAGGAGACAACUAGUUCCCCUCACCCACCUUCUCCUGCACAACCAAACCAUUCCCAAAGUGAAGGCAAGGUCACAGAACAGCUUCAGACAUCCUGUCCAUCUCGGGCAAGGAAUCUGAAGCAGCAACAGCAGCAACAAAAGCAGCCACAAGGAAGUAAUAAGAGUAAGCCGAAGAAACGGGAAGGCAUCCACCUUCCCACAACCAAAGAGCUAGCCAAGAGACAGAGAUUGCCAUCAGUAGAGAACAGACCUAAAAUUGCAGCUUUUCUUCCGGCUCGGCAACUGUGGAAGUGGUUCGGCAAACCUACACAGAGGCGAGGAAUGAAGGGAAAGGCCAAAAAACUGUUCUAUAAGGCAAUUGUACGAGGAAAGGAGAUUAUUCGGAUUGGGGACUGUGCUGUGUUUUUGUCAGCAGGGCGUCCUAACCUGCCCUAUAUUGGAAGAAUCCAAAGCAUGUGGGAAUCUUGGGGGAACAACAUGGUGGUCCGAGUAAAGUGGUUUUACCAUCCUGAAGAGACAAACCCAGGAAAGAAACUGCAUGAUGGCAAACAUUGGGAUCGGAAGUCUGGAAGAGGACUACCAGCUUCUCUUCAGGCUUCCAACCAGAGAAAGGACUUUAUGGAGCGUGCUCUGUACCAGUCAUCACACAUUGAUGAAAAUGAUGUACAGACUGUCUCCCACAAAUGUCUCGUGGUGAGUCUGGAGCAGUACGAACAGAUGAUAAAAACAAAGAAGUACCAAGACAGUGAAGACCUUUACUAUCUGGCAGGUACAUAUGAACCCACCACUGGGAUGAUCUUCAAUACUGAUGGAGUUCCUAUUAUAUGCUGAGUGUCUGGUUCUCAUUAAUAUGUUGGCUGAGGAUGUUGAAGGGGCCUGAAAUCAAGUAUCCAGUAAAACAAAGUGAUACUGCAGGAAAUUUACCAAGACAGCCUUCAAGAUGGAAUAGACAUCCAUUAAAUACUGUAUGCCUUCAAGUGGAUGUAAAAGAUGACAGGAAACCAGUAGCAGGUUUGUUCAAGGACAACUGUGACCUUCAUGGUCCAGUGAUUUGGUGAGUCUGAAUUUGAUAAAGAGGGGAAAAAAUAGCAUUGUGUAAAUACCAUAUGCAAACUACAAAGAAAAGCAUCAUUACCUUUGGUUCUUCAGGGAAAUGGCUGAAGCCUGAAGAAAUGUUUGCCCUCAUCACAGAAUAACACUCUCAGCUUCAGACUUGAAAUGUAUUUGAAUAAAAAUCAACUCUCCGGCAGCUCACAGUAUAUCUCUCUUGCAGUGUAUGCCCUUCGAGGCAGGAAGACAUUAUCAGGCAGAGACCUUAUUCUGGGAAGCCAGUCACCUGACUUCCAAGGAGUAAUUAUAUCAUGCAAAAGAACUUUGAAAUGAAUUCCGAGAGCUGCAAAUCUGGCCUUCGAGGCAAAAAGAACUGAAAGUUGAUGGGAUGCAUUCAUGGUAAAGAAAGGAGAAAGGCAAUUUGGACUUUAGGGAGGUCACACUUUAGAAAAUUGCAGCCUGUUAAUUGUGUCCUUGGUUGUGGCUUCGGAGGAGGGAAAGUAACAUCAUUGUGGAGAAAGUGUUGAAGAGGUCAGAAAGGCAAAAAUGCUUCUUCUGCUUGUCUGAGCUACUUAAUAUACAACUAUUAUGACAUCACCAGCCACAGAUGCUGCUACCAGCAAAACCUCAAUUAAAGAUGACACCAUUCAUAAAAAAGACUUGCCAAAUCUUUGAGCUUGUAAGGUUUUCAAAGAAUUGCUUGGCAUUUUGCAAGCCUGUUGCCCUGCCUUUUGAAGCACCUAAUUAAUUGCGAUAAUAUGCACACAAGCAGAGAAAACUAACUUAAAGGAAAGAGAGAACAUUAUUCUCCCCACUGCAAUCAUCUGGAGAAGUUUUUCAUUGGGUUGUAAGCAGCAAGCUUGGCGUGUACACAUUUAAUUAUGUGACUUUCUAUGGCCAGACUCAAACCCUAUAGCAGUGCCUACCAAGAAAUGUAUUUACACUAUAGGUAUGAUGUCAGAAGAAAGGAUUACAAAUCACUUCAAGCACUUAAGAGGGAAUGCAAAAAAAAAAAAAAAUCCCCCAACCAUGGGACCUCCAUAUUUGACUUACAUGACCGAUCUAGCAAAUAAUAUAGGUUUUGUUUGUUUUGUGAAAUUAAUGUUGGUUCUGACCAAUGAAGAGGAGGAGCAACAUGGGAGGGGUGGGUAAUCAGAAUUUUUAAGACAUGCAGCUGUAUUUUAAGAUCAAUUUUAAGCAGUUAUUUAAAAAGUAGUUUUAUUUUUUUUUACGAAAAAAGAAAUGCAUGACCUUAAAUUUGAAAUUCAUUUGAGGGAGCCUCAGUGUUUUCCAGUGUAUUAUAGAAAUGUAUUCAAAAAUGUUCUAUUUCUUUUUUUAUCAUAAGUGUAAUUAUUAAAACAGAGAGAAAAAGCUUUAUAAAACUGUGAAAAAGUAUAAAAAAAAAACCUAAGGAUGGGGUUAAAAAUGUACACUAUAAUCUUUGUGCUGGAUUGAUACCAAACAGCAGGUAUAUGUGCAUGACAAAACAAAAAAGUUUAUUUGUUUUAAAAAAAUCCUAACAGUAUUUUUGUCUGGUGAGUAACAUACAGGAGGAGAUGCCUUUGUUUAGAGCACUUAUUCACUGCCGAUUGCCUUGUGUAUAGAGGAUAUCUCAGACAAUCGAGGAUGAGGAGAAUGAGGUGUGUUGUUUUAUUCCAUUUCACUCCUUCACGUGUCUGUGUUGUGUAACUGACAUACAACGUAUGCAUCACAUGAACUGAGCAUCUUUGUGUUUAUAUAUUUAAAAAAAAAAAGAAAGCCCACGCUUGCUAACUAGGGAUUCCAUGUCAGGUACUGUAGCACCCAUGAAGGUGUGAAAAAAAAUCUGAUGAUUGGUAAAAUUCUUACAUUUGCCAUUUUCUAUAGUUGGUAUUAGUUCAAAUCCUAAUUUUAUGCUCUGGACUAUCUAAUAAAAAUUGUCCAUAUAUUGUAUUAAAUGCAGUUUGCACUACUCCAUAGUAAUAUUGAAAUAAUAUCCUACAAAAUUUUAAUUAUCACAGCUAGCCAUUAUUUUAUCCCAUUUGUACAAAUUUCACUUCUGAUUUUGAGCUUUUUGCGACUCUUGCCAAACUGUCAAAUAUUAUUUAUUAUUUUUUUCUUGGUUUUCAUUUUUUUAUACUCAAAAACUCCACUUCUGACGCCAUAAUUUUGUUUGCAUUUAUAGCUCUUUGAAUUAAUAUCUCUGUGGCAUUCCACAUUUGACAAGCUGAAAACAUGGCAGGGGUGUUACUCAAGGAUAAAUUAAGCACACUACUCAUCUUUUUUGUUUUGUCCCCAGUACUGCCUUCCAAGGAUAACAUGCAAAUGGCCAUAAAUUAUGAGGAAAGUUGAUGAUUCAUGGUUUUUGCUAGUUUAUAUUGCACUAAUUUCAAGUACCACAUUAUAUACUAUAGCUCAUUGUACACUACAUGUCUCUUCUGCUUUGGGUCACAAAGCAGCCACCACCUUACCCCAGCUUGUAAACCUUCUUUAAGACCAACACACAAUAAAACAGGCACUUACUUUAAAUUGCCAUCUCUCACAAAACCUCGCUGCAUCUUCUAGAAGCUGUUGAAUCAGAUGAGCUCAUUUUUAAGGCCAGUUUUUAAGAUGGCUAUGUUCCAGCUCAUGUUUUCCAAUUCUGUCCACUUUAAUGACUAAAAAUGGCACUUACGGUAAAAACGACUAUUGUACCACUUGUGCCACAAAGACAUUAACAUAAAUCUAGAUCAAAUGCUCUUGAAUGUAAGAAAUAUUUUAUGUUGUAACAGCUCUUAUAUAAGUACUCUAGCAUUAAUAAUAAGAAUGUGUACAGUUUACAAAAAGCUUUAGCUUGCAUUUACUAAUAUAACAACUUCUUAAUACCCCCAUGUACAGAAGGUCCGUCUUAGCUUUAACAUAAGUGUCAGCCAUUCUUAAGCUGUUGUUUACGAUUUGUUAGCCUGGAUCAGCUAUUGUCCAUUGUGUUUACUGACGUUAGACUGAAACAGAAUUGCACUAUUUCCUUGUGGCUGUAUGGGCCACUCCUGGUAAUGGUGUGUACAGGACAGUCCAGCUGAGCGUGACAACAUAACUCACUCCAGUAUUUAUAACAUGGCAAGCUAUCCUGAAAGUGUGAGACCAGUGCAAAUAACACACACUUGCACAUAAAAGGCACCAUUACCGCCUUAUAGAUAGAAUCAUAGCCAGUAUACACAAUGACAUAAAAAAAUUAAUAUUCUGUGGCCUUUAAAUUACCCUGCUCUUAUAUUUUAAAAAUGGGAUUGCCUCCCCAUCAUCAUCGCUGACGUUGUUUUAAUACUUGUUUAGUACAACAAAAAUGAAAAAUCCCUAGAAAAGGUAAUAGUUUCAUUCAAUAAAGACAAAUUAAAGAAGAGCUCUGUGUGUAUGACAUUAAGAUUUCGGCCAGUGUUAUCACUUUUUAAAUAAUGCACGUUCCUUGUGAUUAACAUGACAGAGCAGAUUUAAGACGUUUAUGCUCUUUGUCUGUCUCAUUAGAAUAAUUUGCUGUAAUAUUUUAUGUCGUAAAAAUCAAAAUUAAAGCAUUUAAAUAGCAUAAUGCACUUAGCCCCUAAAUUGUGCAGUAGACGAUUUCAACUUUGUUGUGCUGAUGCAGGUCUGGUCAGGUGUACUCGGAAAGCUUUUCUCCACGAUGGAAGAGAGCUGGGUGAAGUUUAUAGCGGGGAAGGGAUAUCCCACUCAUUUGUCCCCUUUAGAGCCAAGCAGCAUUUACUAUUUGCUUGUUCCCCAUCGGCUCCAAACUGAAUGUAGUUGGGAGGCAUUUUUUUGCCUCCUUUUUUUCCCUUUAGAGCUUUGAUGAAUAAAAUAAAGCUAGAAGGUGUUUCCUUAGCAGGAGCUCAGCUGGCUGGUCCAACUUGAGUGAAUUGCUGUUUUCUUUCUUUCUUUCUUUCUUUCUUUCUUUCUUUCUUUCUUUCUUUCUUUCUUUCUUUCUUUCUUUCUUCCCCAUUUUAGGUUGCGAGGUUAGGUUUGUAAUACGCUGUUGAUGACAUCUUGUUCAGAAAGUGAGACCUCACGUACUUACACCCACACACAUGCUCUUGCACCUUUUGUUUACUUGUGUUUUUCUGGAGGACACCCUCAGGUCAUUGAACACAGGGCAGCAAACUUCACAGGGCAUCUCGCAACAAAUCUAGCCUAAGAGAAACCUGCCAAGUCACAUCUUUCUUACCACAGCAGAGGGUUUCGUCACAAUAGUGAGAUCAAAGAGUACAAUCUCACAAGAGACACCAAAAAAGUGUUUUUUCAUUUUUGCUCUGUGGUAUUCAUCAUUUCCAAAGAAUUUUACCUCGUUCAAAGUGGCCUUUACAUAGCAUGUCUCAAAGUGCAUACUUUUGUUAUUGUGGCCUUUUUGUUUUGGUAUAUUUGUGACAUAGUUAGUAAUCACAUUCAGAUAGUAAUGACCAGUUUGUACACUGCUCUGAGGAAUUCAUGUUUGGUUAGGUCUUACGUGAGUAACAAGGGAUGAGUGAAUGUAGAAGCUGAUCCAAAAAAUGCUGGAACGUUUUAAAGUACAUUUGUUAAAUUGUCCCAAUGAAAAGAGAAUUAGCCCUAUACGAUUUUAUUUAACCAGCCUCUUAUAAUGUUCAAGCACACACGUUAGUAUUGACAUACACAAUUGAUUCCACCCCUUUUAACACACUUACAUUGGGCUUUCUCUAGCUUGUAUUAAACUGGUUAAAGCGUCAGGUGUCAGGAGAUCACCAUAUUCAAUGCAGUGGAACAACUGAGCUUGAGGAUCUACGGGGUGCGCUUGAGAUUAUGAGACUCCAAGUUGACACAAGCAUGACUUCUUUUACCCUUUUACUAUGCUUUAUAGUUGAUGGGUAAAAAAAGGAAAAAAAAAAGUCUGUAGUUUACGUUCCCCCCUAAAUGUGUACUCGCUCUUCUCAAUGGGCUCUUAGUGGGACUGGCCCAUGUAUCAUUUAAGUCUGCUUCUUUUGAGGUGUCUGUGUUGGCAAGUUCCUUUGAACUAGUUUGGUGAGUUGUUGCAGACUGGCCCAUUUAAAGCACUGGUCUAAAUAAAACACACACACACAGUCACUUGUCUGCCCCUCCCUUUUGUAUUUAAACCUGACCUGAAAUGUAGUAGAAAUCUAUUGUAAAGUACGUCAUGUGUGUUUUUCAUUAAUGUAAUAUGUAUGGGUUUGUCACGUCUGUUGAGUUAAGUCAUUGGGGGUUUUUAUCUGUAUAUGCCCACUUUAUAUGUUUCCCAUCCAUCACAUACAGUAAAUCUCCUCAGUUAAUCAUGUGCAAUACUGCUGAUUGGAUCCUCGAAGGUAGCUGCUAGUGGAAAAAAUAGGUUUGUAAUUUGAAGUGUGUUGUUGGAAUUUUUGUUUUUUGUUUUUAUUUUUGUUUUUUGACGGGAGGCUGGUCCUUCACUGUUCACAGCUCUUUUGUUCUAUAAGCAUCAGAAUGGUCCUGUAUGAAAAGUGUUAUUAAAAAACUUAAAUGAUGGAAGAAGAAAAAUAUUUUGGAAUUAAAAAAAAAAAAAAAAUCAAGGUUUUGUAAAUGACUCUAUUUGGGGGUGGGAGGGAGACAAAUGUCUAUGAUUUUACUUUGUAUAAACAUUUAAUUGUGUGUUUAAAAGAAAACAAAAAUGAAAUGUGGAUCAUGUAUAAAACUCACGUAACUUUUUUAUUAAUACUACAGAGUUUUACAAAGUGUUACUUUUAAAACAUUUUAGUAACUCAGAUUUUAUAGUUUAUUCAUCAAUAAACCUGAUAAAAACAA